AGGGGCAGGUUGGGAUAGGAUGAUCUGUGGUUGAGGAAUUAGAUACUACCUUUUGCUCACCUUUGCCGGCCCUUUGCUUGCAUCCGCUGAGCUACUUUGUUCAAGGUCAAGUCAUUAAUUUACCAAGAGUUCGCAGAAACCACUGGACAGAGAAAGAAAUGACUACUCAGAAUUCAAAGUGUUGAGAUGUUGACGGAGGUGAAUCUGAUGUGAGAUAAAAAUCAAGUGCAAUAAUGUAAACUGAUACCAACACCAAAAUAUUGAGGAUGCAUUUUUGUGUAGUAUACCCCCAAAAAUAAAAAUGCAAAAAUUCCAAGAUUGACAAAACCUUCACGAUUUUUAACAAAGGCAAGGCUGGCAGUAGCAUCGUGCUAAGCUGUCUAUAUUUGAAGCCUGAGGAGAGAAGGAACACCAGCAAUACCAAUCCUAUGAGUUAUUAACCAGGGAGUUCUGUCGGUCAUCAUGGGUAUCCGGGGACUAAUGAGCUUUGUGGAAGAGUAUAGUCAUGAAUUCUUCGUUGACCUGAAAUUGCGGAACACAAAGAUUAUCAUUGAUGGCUAUUCUCUUUUCCACCGACUUUGCUUCAACUCUGACUUGGAGCUCAGGUAUGGUGGGGACUAUGACUCAUUUGCAGAUGUUGUACAGAAGUUCUUUGAAUCACUGUUUGCUUGUCAUAUUUGUCCAUAUGUUGUAUUAGAUGGAGGGUGUGACAUUUCAGAUAAAAAGCUGACAACUUUGAAGGAUCGAGCUAGAGAGAAGAUCCAAGCGGCCCGUUCCCUUUCCCUUGGUGGGGGUGGGAAUGUGUGUCCCUUACUCAUCCGAGAAGUGUUCAUACAGGUUUUGAUCAGGCUUAAGGUAUGUUUUGUCCAGAGCUUUUCAGAAGCAGAUCGGGACAUUAUGACACUUGCCAAUCAUUGGAAUUGUCCAGUGCUAUCAUCAGAUAGUGACUUUUGCAUUUUUGACCUGAAAAAUGGAUUUUGCUCACUGAAUAGCUUUCAGUGGAGAAAUCUGAACACUAUUAAGGACACACAAGAUUACUAUAUUCCUGCCAGAAGCUUUUCCCUUGAUGCAUUCUGCCAUUACUUCAACAAUAUGAACAAAGCUCUACUACCUCUCUUUGCGGUUCUAUGCGGAAACGACCAUGUUAAUCUGCCCAUCGUGGAGACAUUUGUAAGUAAAGUACGUCUCCCCCUUAGUUCUAAGGGGAGGAGAUAUCACCGAGUUCUAGGACUUCUGAACUGGUUGUCUCAUUUCGAGGACCCCACUGAAGCGCUAGAAAACGUUCUGAAGUCUCUCCCCAAAAAGAAUCGAGAAAAUGUUAAGGAACUUCUCUGCUGCUCCAUGGAGGAAUAUCAGCAGUCCCGGGUAAAGCUGCAGGAUUUCUUCCAGCAUGGUACUUACGUGUGUACGGACGCUUUGGGUCUGGGUUUACCAGAGUGGGUACUAGCAGCUCUGGCCAAAGGCCAGCUACCACCUUUCAUCAGUGAUGCUUUGGUGCUCCGAAGGACCUUUCUUCACACACAGGUAGAAAAUAUGCAGCAACCAAAUGCCCACAGAGUAUCUCAGUCCAUCCGGCAAAUCAUCUAUGGACUCCUUUUGAAUGCCCCAUCAUGCUCACAAGAUAUAUCCCAGAAUACAUUGCCUUCCCAGCUUCUGGCUUUCAAUGAAGUGGAAAGAAUUAAUACAAAUAUCAAAACAUCAACUGUUUAUGCAAAACAACUGCUCAAGGAUCAUUGUGACUUGAGCAAAUUGGCUGAGCUCCCCUUGGCUAGACGGCAGAUGCUUCUCUUAGAAGCCCUGAAGGUCAAACUGGUCGUCCUGGAGUCCAUCCCUACUUUUCUGAAGUUGCCCAUUGCUGUGACUUGUUACUGGUUGCAGUCCACAGAGGCCAAGGCAAAGCUCCAACAUCUGCAGGCCCUACUGCUGGGGAUGCUGAGGGAGCCCUUGCAUGCCAUCAUCAACAACCCUGGCAAUGAAGAUCAACAGAGAGGUGGUGCCAAGAUGUUGUAUGAAGAAUUACAAGAGGUGAAGGCACCCAUGAGGCCGGGUCCAAGAGUGGAUUUAGACACAGCACACGUCUUCUGUCAGUGGCAGUCCUGUCUCCAGAUGGGGCUGUAUCUCAACCAGCUGCUGUCCACUCCUCUGCCAGAGCCAAACCUAACUUGGUUGUACAAUGGAAGCUUGGUCCACGGACUGUGCCAGCGACUGCUAAUAUCCAGUUCUGCAGAAAGUCUCCUGAGUCUAUGUCCUGAGGCAAAGCAGCUUUAUGAACAUCUGUUCAAUGCCACAAGAUCAUAUGCCCCAGCUGAAUUGUUCUUACCAAAAACUAAAUCAAAGUCAAAAAAAAGGAAGCAGAAGAAAAAGGUUUCCAGCCCUGGAAACACUGCAGACAGCAGGCACUGGUGUGCCAGAAGCAACCGGUUUGGUCUGUUAAUGCUUGAAAGCUUGGAGGAGCAUGUAGAGAACUCAGAGCUUGAAUAAAGUCUGUAGUACACAGGAUUUAUAGUUCUAACUUUUAAAAUGUCUCUUACCUCUCUUGAAGCUAUUUUUUCUUUAGGACUAACCUAUUUUGAGAUAAACUUUAUAAGAGAUCAUCUAAAUUCUAAGAUAUUUUGUACUGUACUUUUAAUACAGCCCGAUUUAAGAAAUGUCUGUAUUUGUGUGUUGGGGAUGGACAGCCAUGUACUUGUGUGGAAGUCAGAGAACAACUUGUGAGAGUUGGUUCUGAUCCCACCAUGUGGGCUCCAGGGGUCACCCUCAGGUUGUCAGGCUUAGAAGCAAGUUACCUUCACCUCCCGAGCCAUCUCACUGGCUCUGAAUCAUCUGUAGUUCUUCAGCGUACUUUCACUCCUCAUGGUCCUUUUCAGAAAACAAUAGUAUUUUAUAACCUUAAUGUUACAGCAACCACCGACUAUAGUCAUAAUUUUCCAUAAAAUCCAGUAGUAGUCAUUUUAUUUAAAAAGAUUUCGGGUUUUUGGUAGGUUUUGUGGGGUUUUUUGUUUGUCUGUUUGUUUUUGAGUUUGAAAAGUAUAGGUCAUAAAAAAGUUAGGGGUCUGAGAGAAAGUUAGAAAUGUGGUAAAUUGGGCCGAGAGAUGGCUCAGCCAUUAAAGGCUAGGCUCACAGCCAAAAGUCUAAGAAAUGUGGUAAAUUAGACUACAUAUAGUUGAAAAACUCAUAGGUACACUACAGGUCAACUGUUAACAGCCCCGAACACACACAGCAUUCUGAGCUGAUACACACAGAGCAGAAGAGAAAUAAAAUCUCAGAUCAAUACUAGACUCAAGUUUUCCACAUGCUGGGUUUUGUGAAGGACUCCAACACUUCAUUUUGAUUUUUGCUGUGCUACAGUUCCAAUCCAGACCAUGUGCAUGCUAAACAAGCAUUACGAGGUAAACCCCAAGCUACUAGCCAGCAUUUCAUAAACCAAUUAGAAAAUAAUUAGAUAAAGCACCUCCUGUUUAGUGGUUGUAAAAACGUGUAUCUCCCUACAGUCAAAACUAUAGGGUGUGAUGAUACAUCCCUAUAAUCUGGAAAUCAGGAGGCUGAGACAGGAAGGUUGAAGGUUUGAGUUCCUUGGGCAACACUUUAAGCUUUGUCUUAAGAAUCCAAAUGUUCAAGAGAUGCUAUUUUAAAAGUACUAAUACCAGCUGGUUUAUGAACGUGCUGCCUUGUUAUGAGUCUCAGACAUGUUAAGAAUGAGAAAGUGGGGUAACCACAGUGGGUCAGUCUCAAAGUGCAGUCUAACCUGCACAGCAGUAGUCCCACCUGCUGUGAACCAGGGUAUAUUCCAUCAGUCAUCUUGAUGGCUGAAAAGUUGCCAACUGGGGGCCAGCCCAUUGGUAGUUCUUAAUAGUAAUUUUCUUGUUGUGGGUUGGUCUGGUGAUGCUAUGUAUUCAAAUGCUAACCCCUCUACCCCAAGAUCUGGUAGUCCCAAGUCUACUAACUUCUUUUAUAUACCAGUUCAUUGUGCAAACCUUGUUCCCCAAUUUAAAACUAUUAGUUAAAUAAAAAAUGGCUACAACCAAUUACUGGAGGGAAGAGAGGUAGGUGUAUUUUCGGUUACCUGCCUGAGGGUUGCCACAGGUACCCCACAGGUUAUCUAGCCGGCUUCACCAGAUAGUAAGAACAUAGUACUCGACUCCCAAGAGUCAUACUUGCUUAAGCUGCUUGGGAAAGGCACACAAUGAAAUAAUGAAAACAUUUAUCCACACUCUGCCAAGUACAAAGCCCACUCUUUUCUACUGAGACAAAGUCACUGCAUGUGACUUUUGGCCUGGCCUUUCUUUUCAUCUUUCUAAUUUCCUUUGUCUGACUAGCCUUUUAAAAUAAAAAUAAAAAAUUAAAAAAAAAAAAAAAAAAAAA